UACCGCGGCUCAAAUCUUUUGAAUUCGGUUGUAGCCAUGGUCCCUGAAUUGCAUUGUUCCCGCUUUCAGUGUCACCAAUUGCUCAAACGUUUGGUCCACGUUGGGAGGCGAAAGCUUGAAAAGUUUGAACGACAUAGCCCAGGCAAGUUACUUAACCGCCACUUAUUGUGUAAGGCUUUAAGUACUUGGAAAGCUAUGCGUUCUUCACAAAAUUCCCAUAAUUGUUGGUCUGCCAUAGAGCCUACGUGUUCAAUCAGCUUUGAUUGGGAUGAAGAUAGUGAAUUCAUCAGCGUAUGUAAUUUAACUGUGUCGAACACUAGUUAUUGCGACCUCUUGUCAAAUACAACCGUAGACAGUGUUGAUAAGGAUGUUAUAUCUAGUGAUCAUCAUUAUGCAUCACCCAUUUUAGUUCUAGAUUCUAAUCAGUAGUUAUUCAGAGAUUGAGUUUUUUAAUGUUAUUUAACUGUUCAUCCCUUUCUUUCCUUCAACUCGACUACUCAUCAGGCGACAUUUAAAGGAAAGAAAAAAGUUCGAAAUUAGUCUUGGUACCACUGUCUUUCCACUUGGGUUUGGUGUCUCGCUCGCUCCAUGCCUCAAGAUUGAUUCCCACCCUCAACUGCUUUGUAUGAAGCGACUAUUUGUACAUAACUUUCCAAUAAUAACAUGUUAAAUUUCAUUUCUCGGGUCUUUAUUGUCAGUUCUAGCAAAUGGUAAAAGUGUUUCGGAUAUCUUUAAGUAACAAAAUGAUUCGUGAUUCGUUGACCAUUCUUAGACAGACGGAAUUUGUAGAUGCUAUAAUCUUGAGUUAGUGGCACAUCAAAAUUAUGACCAAGUCCUCCUUGAAUUUACUGUCUUCUGCGACAAGCUAGUAAGCUGUAGUUGUGCUCGCGUUCUGUUCGGUGAAGAUCCAGUCCUCACAAGUGUCACGGCGUUACGUUUUUUAGCAGAAAAUUCUAUAAUUAGAAAGUCAAAGUGAUUCACAGUUCUGCCAACGCUAUCUAUUUCGGUGGGCAGUCCAAAGUAAGGAAGAGACGUCGUGUAUGGUUUGUUGUCGCUGAAAAACAUGACGCAUUACGACAUCUUAGACAAAAAUCGUCCUUCCGGCUAAUAAGACGUGACGGAAGUAUUAUGGUUUCAGGAAUAGCCAAUAUCUGUUAUUAUUCCUUCCCACAAACGGUGUUGGCUAAUAAAUAUUACACCCCACCUUCACUACACGUAUUCCAGGUUCCUCUAGUAUGGUUUAAAUAUUACAAAGCUGUUACUAAAGUGUCAUGUCUAAUGAAGCACCAUAUUUUGCGGUGCUAUGCUGUACCUGAUUUACUAUUGGAAUAUAUGUGAGUAAACCAAUUUAUGUGCCUAUAUCUGACGGUGCUGCAGUUAUUUAUAGGGUUAUCCGACCGCAAAUAAUCGUAAUGACAUCGGAAACACUAAAAUCGUCAGUGGUCUCAGUUUUGGUAAUGUUGAAAUUCACAAAUGUGAUGGGGAUUUCGACAGCAAUCAUGUUCCGGAUUAAUUAAUGCAUUUCUUGUCUCCUAACACCAAGUGAGUGUUGUUAAGAUUGACAGGUUUCCCCACCGUUCGGUGAUUGCUUCUAGCUGUCAACUUUGUGGAAACAAGUUAAUUAUUUGAAGAUAAUUGUGCUUCAAGUCUAGAAGUUCGAUUUUGGAGUAUUUUGUGGAUUGCAGCCGUUGAAAGUUCACAAAGGGUUGGACACUUGGCUUUUUUCAUUUGCUCGACGUUCUUGGGCGUCUUUGAACAUUACACAUGUUCAAUUUACUCACUGAGAAACUCUCAAUACUAUACAAUGUCUAAAUAGGAUAGGAAGGUCACAAUUAGUAAUCAGUGUCAUUAAUUUGAUGGGCUAGGUUCUACUUAGUUUAAUAUUGAAGCGUAAGAAACAAUAUACAGUAUAUUUCUAUUCUGAAAGAUUUUGUCUGUUGACCUUUGUUAGAUGGGUAGUUAUUAAUGAAUUACGUAGCAGCAAAUAACUUUCCUUUUAUUAAGUGCGUGCAUACAUUUUACAGAUCCAUUUUUAAAAACUAGCACGAAGUAUUGAACUUGACUAGUAAAUCACAUCGUGAUAUAGACCUUUGUAUUAUGAAUUUAAUUAGGACUGAAGACCUUAAUGUCUUGACCACUGAAUGUACAAGUCGUGUAUGAGGUUAAAUCUACACAAAUUUUAACUUUAUGGCAGUUACAUGACAUAUAAGUCCUCAUAAAAUCAGCGAUUCGUUUGUCAGACUGAUGUCAAGGGAUCGUUUGUGCCAGUCCAAUGAAGCGAUCACAUCUAAAUAAGUGGAAGGUUAGUACUGGAGUGAUGGAUUUCGGAGCACUUUUGAUUUGGAACUAAUCUUAUUUGCACCGUGUCAGAAAACUAGCUACCGAUUUUGUAUGUGCACUUGAUAAACAAUUAAAAUCACAACAGUUGCAGUCAGACCCGCAAAACAUUGUGUUCUCAUCGGACUCCUACUUCUACAAGUAACAAUUAUCUUGUCUAAGACCGGUCUGUUUAUGAAUAUUUAUAUUGCUUGUACCAGCAUAUCCAUCCCCCAAACUCUUUAGUUUAUUAUUUGCAUCGUGUCGCACAACUACUCUUGCGGGUGGUAAUCUUAUAGACCGUCGUACACAUGUUGUAAAACAUAAUUUUCGUUAGUAAUAUUAUGUUUAUGGCGAAUUCUUUGUGUUUACUGGUUCAUUAUUUCAUAACGUACAUACACGGAUUUCAUACUUCUAAAAGAUAAAAACAGUCCGAAUCCUGCAAAAACUUUGCAUUUAGGAAGAAGUUAACAGAUCUGACCACUCGACUGCACUUUGAAUAAUGUGUUCCUUUGUUCUCAUCUCUAUAAUCUAUGAGUUAUUCUCAUGUAUCAAUUGACAUCGUUACUUUGAACUACGGACCUCGUCUCUCAGACGCUUGCUGGCAGUCUAACAAAUACUAAUUCAAAAUCAUUUUUCCGGAACAAAGCAAGCAAAUAUCGUUACAUUUGUUAUCAAGUAAAUCCCUUCUAUUGGUUAUCCGUUAGUGCUUUUAUUAAAUUGCUUCCUCCGUUGGAUUUGGGUUGAUAAACAGCUAUUCGUACCGGAAUUUUACGGUCCAGUUGAAUAAGCUAAGGAUGGAACUAUCAAAAAGGCUUGUAUCUAUAAAGACAAGCAUCGAAAGGCGGAAUAAAAUUUCCAAAGUUUUAAAAUCUUGUUAAUUUAUUGUGUUCCUUAUCCUCUACAAUCAACCAGAAACUUAGUUAUUCAGACGUCUAUCGAAGUCUGUUUUCAAUAUAUACUGUGUUUAGAAUUUAAUAAUUUUUCAUUCGUAUUACCCCAGUCAUGUCAUCUCUUACAUCUAUUUCGAACAGAUUGAGGUGCUGUUAACGAAUUUAUCCAGUUUCUGACUAUAGACGAAAUGUCAUAAUGCUGUUUUGGUUCGAAGUCCAUUGAUAUCUAUCAAGCCACGUAUUUUAAAAGCUGAAUAAUCUGUAUCUACAACCUCGUCACCGCUGUAAAACGUUUAGUAUAUUACUGACCCUCUUACUUGUUUCGAUACUGUCUUGUAGGUCAGAAGUUACGUAUCGCGACCUCACAACCCAAGUAAAAAGGCUUGGGUGCAUUGAGAUUAUUGGGAUUCUAACUUUUUCGUAUAACUUUAUUGACCUCUUCAUUUCUGUUUGGAUGUUCAGUUUUCAAAGUUACAUGAACGCUUCAAAAAUUUAUCGGCUAGUUUAUUGUGAUGAAUUUAGGGGGAAAUUAUGUACACUUCCCUCCUUAUCAGUCAGUCAGCUACAACGUAGGACCAGGCACAUAUAUGCAUCGGUCCAAUUUGCCAUACCUCAUUAGCACAACUCGACGAACAUCAAAUUUAUAUAAGUAGUUACUUCAGUGGUAGUAAUAUAUGGAAGAAAGAUUGCAUAUAAGAAUAUAAUACGGAAAGAAAGAAUUAGUUAUAAAGUAAUUUUAAUUUCACGGUUUAAGGGAAGACAGAAAUUACAUACACCUAUACCAUUGUCACUCAAAGUCUCCAACUAUUGGUUACGAUAGUCGCGCGAAACCCAAUCAAGUAGUCUGCAUAUACCAAUAUGGCUCACACCAAGAUUUGGUGACUUUAUGGACUGGUGCCACAUUUUGGUUUGUCUACCCCUAACUUGCAUUCAUAUGUCUCCAACACUGGUCAACAUUGUGUGUCGUGGUAAUACAUGAGAUGUGGCUCAACCAUCUCAGUCGAUGAAGAUUCACAACCUCAUCAGCGGAUUAACCAUAAUACCUUGUGUCUAACCUCAUUUUUACUUACGCGGUGAUCCCAGCAGAUGCGAGCAGUAUUUCCAGAACAUUUGUGGUCAAGUACUAGUAACUGACGAGCAUCCUCUACCAUUAAUGACCAGUUCCUAACCGUAAAGUAAAACAGAACGAACUGCCGCGCAGUAUGCUCGUCCUUUUAUUGAUAGACAUAUCUCGCUUUCUCCAUAAAUCAUGUAAGUUGGCAAAAACCAAACGAGCCUUCUGAAUCCGUGGAAAGAUUUUGUCAGAUACCAACCCAUUAGGGCUGAUCAGACUUUCAAGAUUAGUUGUUGGCGCAUUCGACUGCUUCACUCCCUAUCCUUAGUUCAUGUGUUGACGCAGGCCGGUCAUGAAGCAACAACUUGCUUACUGCUACCAAAAGACUGCAUUUAUCAGUGUCUUCAACAAAUAGGACUAUGUCAUCUGCGUAUUCUAAGUCGAUAAGUGGACAUCCUAGAAGAUCGAUUCCUAAAAAUCCAGUCGAUGAGAACAUGACUCCCAGCUGUAAGUCUAUGAUGAAAUUAAACAGAGAGGGAGAUAGUGGACAGUCUUGUUGGACACCACGUGGGGUUGCAAAAUCAGAUGACAGUUCUCGAUAAGCUCUGACUCGACGGGUAGUGUUGAAGUAAAGAGCCUUCACAAGGUCUAUGUAUUUCCGAGGUACACUUUCAAUGACAGACACUGCCACAGAAGAUCUCGGCCUAUAGAGUCAAAUGCUGCUUUUAAGUCAGGAAAGACCACCACUGUCGGACGCCGAUAAGCAUGCCUAUAUCUAUGAAAGGAGGAUAUGAAUUGUUUAUUGAAUAAACACUCCAAAGUCAUAUCAGUCUCAUGCAACUAAGAGAAGAACAGCCAGCUUCCCUUCCUAGAUAUACUUCUAACAUUCUUUAUGUAUUCAAAAGUGGUUUGUUCUCACCUCAAACCUACCCUGGUAGUAUUAGCUUAUUAUCCAGAGUGCUGAGGUUUCAAAUUGUUUUCACAUCAUUUCCUUAUUAUUCUUGUCUUCUCUUACCUUCUAUUUCUUGUCUAGUUGACUUUUUAUUUUUAUAUACUAAUAUUCUUAACAAGUAUAUGUGUGAUCUGAUUGUUUGAAGUGUCGCGCUAAUAUAUCACAUAGCUUUAAUAAUCUUUGUCUUCUUAUUACACUUUCGAAAUUUACCAAAGGAACUUUCUUAAAAGACUCCCUGCACAUACUACUAAUACUCUUUUUAUCACUUGUCAAUAUUUUUGUGGCUACCGUUGCAGUAGUAUUAAGAAUUCGAAUUUGUUAAUACAAGCUGAAUACCUUCAUAUGACAUUCGAAAAUGUCAAUAACAACACCGAGUUAGAGUAACUGAUAUCUGAUUCUUAUUUAAGCAGUCGUUAAUAGUGUCUUUACAGAUUGUGUACUCCAAACAGGCUCUUGCAGUGAGUUGACCUAAUACAGGUAUUGAUAUUAUUUCAAAUCAUCGCUUAGAACAUCAUAGCUUUGUGCGGUAAGUCAACAUGGAGUUUCUGCCGAAUGUUAAAACCGCAAUAAGUGAAAAAAUUGUCGGCGUGCUUCAAGCUAACCACAUCAGUCCUUGAGGAUGGUGCUUAAGUAAUAUUAAGUAUGAAGAGCCAUACUGUAAAAGCAUGGAAGUGGGUAUCGGUGAUAAGCGUUAAUUUUGAACUUAUUAUUAGGGAGGAGCUACAUCAAAAGUACCAUGGAACUAAGAGUCAACAAAUAGUUCCCUGAAGUCGCUUGAAUGACAUGCAAAUAACUACUAAAACUUAUUCUUAUAAGUUCUUACCCUAACAGCAUUGUUAAGUGCUUAACUUUAGCCAUACUGUACCUAAUAGACUCACAAAUAAAAUACAGCACGAAAGUCCAGAUUACUGUUAAACAACUGAGUAUGAAAAUUAGGGUCGCAAAAUGUUUAGUGUUUAUUGUUUGUAAGACAGAUAAAAGCAAGAAUAAACACAAACACUUUGACAAUAUAUAAAAAACUAUGUAAAAGGCUCCCAGUAUGAAAUGAACAUCAAGAGAUUAUGAAAUUACUUGACUUUCAAUAUUUUGGUUUAAUUCCUGCCUACACGAUAAAACAGAAAUUAUAUUCUCUAAUGGAUGGUCAUGAGCCUCUUGCCACUAUUUCUGUAAAAUUAUACUACUAAAACAUAAGGAGUGUUGUACUUUAAUAAGAGUCAAUACGUUGCUACACUUUAACCCUAUAUUGAAAAAAGUAAAUAUUUAUCUCAAAAUAAAGUAGAAAUGCAUUUAGUUUUCAACACUUUUCAAUGUAUUGUUCUCUCGAUUGAGAAUAGACCUCAGUGCUUCAAUGGAAUACUCGGGACCUUCGGAUUGUAGUCCUGUGACAGGAUCAAUCAGAUUACCAACCGGGAACUCGACUUUCUUUAGUUUGUACAUGGUAUUGAAUGCCAUUGGUGGGUCAGACUUUUCAAUAAGCACGAUAUCUCCAAUGUUGACCGAAGAGCCUUGUGUAUGAACCCAGUAUGUUGCUGUUUGAUAGAAAUACUGUAGGUCGCAUUUAUAAAUCGAUAACAUCACGAUAGCAAAUUACCUUCAUCAGGAAACGAUUCAAGCAAAGCUUGUGCAAGCGGACCUUAACAAUAUUUGGGAAUGAUGAUGUUAAGCUUUGUGAAAACGGCACUAUCUGCCCAAUCGCAUAAUCGAAAGGUACUUUUGCUUUUUUCCCCGUUAUACUAGCAUGCUGAGGGGAAGUUCCUCCAAGCUCAGGCUUGUGAUAAGGAAAAUAUUUCUGGAUAUGCGGUUCUAUGUUUUUGAGUAUUUUUGCACCACGAUGCUUCCAAUAUCGGACCAUACUUGAUCUGUACCGCACAGAAAUAAAAAAACAAUUAAAUCAGCAUUUUGUAACUGAUCAUUCACUGAAAUGAGUACAAGCUAUCUGGACUAUAAAAGAAACUUUGCUCAGGUAAAUAUUACUAUGCGCUCAUAUGAAAAUAAUCCUCAAGGAUCAAUUAGCAUUUUGAACUACCAUCAAAAACAUUUUAUGUCAAUAUUAGUAUUUGAUGAGGUUAACCGUAAGUUUAGCUUAAAGUAUUUGGCUGUGCCAAGACAUGAUAUUCAGAUGUUGUUGUGACUUUUUCUGUUUUUUAAACUUAUUAAUCCACAGGACGACUAUUUCAAUUCUCAAUAGGCGAAGGUAUGUGGCUGAAGGGAAUAAUCCAUGCAAUUUUUUUGAUGAUCUACCUACCUUUUAAUUAACAUUAUUUUGUCAAAGACCUUGCUUUAUUACUUGGGAAACUAUAGAAAUGUUGAGAAUGUGUGUUUGAGUGUCAGUUAACUUUAGAUUAGAUGCAAAUGCCUUAUAAAUAAUACAUCACCUGUUUCAUCUUUUGUAGAUCUUUUCAAAUAACAAUGAAUUGGCAAUUACAAUGGAUAUACAAAACGAUUAAUGCUCAAGCUUCUGUUCUAAUGUUGUACAAUAAUACGAUUUUCCUCUUAAAUAAAUUUUUUUU